AAAAACAUUGCGGCAAACGUCAACAGCAAAAAGGGUGACAAAAACGGAAUUACAUAAAAAGGUACCAAUCUUUCGGGACAGGAUUGCUUUACGUUCCGUGGCCCGGGCCUAGAAAUAGGAUUUGGACCGCUACGAACCCUAAACGCCCGUAAACGAUGGCCUCCAUCCUGCGCUCCUUCGCCUCGGCAUUCGCCAAGAGCGGCAUGCUCGGCGCAAACGGUAUUUCCCGUGCUGCUCCAACAGUAAUGCUCCGCUACAAGUCCACCGAACCGGCGGCCGAAUCGCGACCGACCGUCCGCAAGCCGGAUGCCGCCGCCCGGUCGGAGCUGUCCGAGUUUGGCAAGUACGUCGCGGAGUGCAUGCCCAAGUACGUGCAGAAGGUGCAGCUGACGUCCGGCGAUGAGCUGGAGGUGCUGAUCGCGCCGGAAGGCGUCGUGCCGGUGCUGCAGUUCCUGAAGGACCACCACAACGCACAGUUCGCCAACCUGGUCGACAUUGCCGGCAUGGAUGUGCCGUCCCGGCCGUACCGCUUCGAGAUCAUCUACAACAUACUGUCGCUGCGGUACAACUCGCGCAUCCGCGUCAAGACGUACACCGACGAGCUGACGCCGAUCGACUCGUGCAACGAGGUGUUCAAAGCGGCCAACUGGUACGAGCGCGAGAUCUGGGACAUGUACGGCGUGUUCUUCGCGAACCAUCCCGACCUGCGCCGCAUCCUGACCGACUACGGGUUCGAGGGGCAUCCGCAGCGCCGCGACUUCCCGCUGAGCGGGUACGUCGAGCUGCGGUACGACGACGAGAAGAAGCGGGUCGUGUGCGAACCGCUCGAGCUCGCCCAGGAGUUCCGCAAGUUUGAUCUGUCCGCACCGUGGGAACAGUUCCCGAACUUCCGCAACGCCAAUCCGGCCACGGAGGAGGUUGCCACCAAGCCGGCGGAAAAGUAAGGCGGAAGAGGGAAGGAGGGAGAGAGUGAGUGCAAAAUCGAACGCAUGGCAGUUGCGGUGUUGGUGAGCGUUGAAUCGUUUUCGUUCUUAGGCUGAAAUAUAACCGGAUACACUACUGUA